AUGAAGCGGGCUCAGAGCAAAAUACUGUACCAACAGUUUAUGCAGUCUUUGAACCACCACUUUGGAGAGCUUAGGAAAAUGAAUAGUGAUCUGCAUGUAGUGGACAAGCUACUUUACGAUUAUGAGGGAAAAAGCUUGUCGCGUAACUAUGAGAACUGGCCGGAUGAAGAAGCAGUCCGGGCGGAAGCUAAGAUAGUAGUCAAGGCAAUGGAACAGUUUGAAAAGCAGCUCAAGGAGUACAAGGAGGCUUUCGAUCGGGAAAUGACCAUCGUUGGGAAGCCCAGAAGAAGCUAUUAUGGGCGUGUGAACUGGGGGGAGAUCAUAGAUGAGACCCGAAAGGCUAGAUCUGCCCCAUCGUCUCCAGAGCCCGAAAAAAAGAAGAGGCGUCAGUGUGAGUGA